GCUUACAAGCUGACUUCCUGCUGCCUCUGCACUGCACCAGGGAAGGUAUGGCUGCUGUUACAGGCUUACUGGAGUGGGUUUUUGCCCUGUACUUCCUCACUCAUAUUCCCAUCACUUUAAUCAUAGACCUGCAACCGCUUGUGCAUGGAGCUGGCAUCUACCCUCAGAGUCUGGCGGAGUUGUUAAAAUGGUAUGCGGUGACCUUCAAAGAUCCCAUGAUGCUGGAGCCCCCUCCAUGGUUUAAGUCGUUUAUAUGUUGUGAAGCCGCCUUACAACUGCCUUUCUUUCCCUUUGCAGCCUAUGCAUUCUUAAAAGGUGGCUGCAAAUGGAUACGGACUCCAGCAAUUAUCUACUCCACUCACGUAGCUACAACUGUAUUUCCUAUCCUUGCACACAUCCUGUUUCACGAUUUCUCAGCGUCCAAGCAUCAGGGUCCCGAGACACAGCAGGAACGCCUUACUCUGUUAUUCUUCUAUGCGCCGUAUUUGCUGAUUCCCAUUCUGCUCCUGUUUACCAUGUUGUACAGCCCCCAAUACAACCAGGUGGAGAAAAGGAAAAAGAAAUAAUGGUGAAUGGAAACAGCCUAAAUAUCUAUCCCCAUCUGUUCUCUGAAUCUACUCCGUCCAGGUCCUGGGGGAUAAGUGUCCGUCUAGUGCAGUCUGCUGCCCCAAUUCCCACUAGUAUGAGUCCCAAAUAGAAGACUUGAAUUGGCUGUAAGUCACUGCUCUUCCCAAAACAAGUAGCAAUUCCCCCUGCUGUACCUGUUGCUGUGGCUAGAGGGACCUAACUUCUCUGGUGCUGGCAAACUCGUGUUUUUCAUCAGUGCGAACAAAACAAACAUGUCAAGCCUUUGACGUACAAUACUGAAAAUAGAGCAUUGCACUUACGUUCUGUCUCCCUUUCAGCUGCUCUCCUUCCAAAAAGACCAUGGUAAAUACACCUGUGUGAGAAACCGUGGAUCCCCCGUCUGUUUAAAAAUAAGACAUGCUGGAGGCUGCAUAAUUGCACAGUGUUAUGACUUAAUUAACUACAAGCAGCUGGGGAGUAGAGCGAGGCGGUGAGGGAGGAAGUGUUAUUCUGUAUCAUUUUUAUUAGAAGUAAAAACAGGGUCUGGUUCUGGCCCCAGAUACAUAUGCACAAUCCCAUUGGCUUAGGUGUUGCUGGGGGCAGAACCUGGCCCAUUAAAGUUAAGUCUUACUGAAUAUUUGCUAAUGCAGCCAAGUCACGUAGUUGUGUAAGUCUUAAGAUUUCAUAACUCUGAACUUGUGGGCCAAAACUCUAGCCAUUGCAUUAUAUAUUUUUGAUCUUGUGCCUGGACACGCCUGCCAGGCUGCAUCCAAGCCUCUGCAUCCACCCCCUUAUAUACCAUUGCCUAACCAUCUGGAAGUACAGUAUGAUCCUUUUUUAAAGAUUCUGCUUGUCCCAGCUCCAUUUUUGAUUAUGAACUGGAAUCACGGGCUAGAGUAUAUUUCAAGACCUGCCUCUGAAGUGGAUUUCUGAAUGCUAAAAUGUAACCUACUUUGAUAUGUGUCUGCUUUUUGUAUAGCACCUUUCUUCCCAACGGGUCCUAAAGUCUUUCCCUAAUUGUGUAUGAGCAGGGAUCUUUUCACCCAUUUCUGACCUGCAGCAUACCUCCCAGCAGCCCUGGGUUUCGUGGGGCUAUCCUACUUUGACCCUAAGCCCGUCUCAGUUGAAGUGAACAUUUCCCACGUUCAGGACUGCCUCGGGAGAGGGAGUUUGCCCUGGGUCCCCUGUUCGAGAGGGCCCCCAAACCUAUUGGUGGUGUGACCUGGUGCAUGGCAUUGAAGCACAACUUAGGUUUGCCUGCCCACCCCUUCAUUUCCAGCUACAGAGGGGCAGAUGGGCCAAACCUGAGUGGCGCUACGCCCUCCUUUUAGCCACUUGAAAUGUUGAGAGAAGCUGCAGCCGCACCUGGGAUGAAAUGUACAAAUGCAUUCCAGUUCGACCUAGAAUGGCAAGCUGUCUGGUCUUCUGUUCCAAAUCUCUUCUAAAAGGUUGAGCAUUAACCUCUAAAUUGCAGUAACAUCCAUUGUUUAUGAUGUCAAGGACUAUUCGGUCAUUGAAAGUAUGUUGGAAUCCUUAUCCGUGUGCCGUGGUCUAAAUUACAAAGGCCAGCAGUUUCAUGUUGCCUACAGUUAGGUGUACAACUCCACAUAUAAGCACUUUAUAAGCAGCCUGACUUUUAUUUCAGGUGCUGACCACCUGCAAUUUCUGUUAACCUUAAUGGGAUUUGUGGGUGCUCAGCUCUUCUGGAAAUCAGGUCAUUCAUACUCAGAUAUCUAAAUGUGGAUUUUGGAACCUAACUUUAAACAUUCAUUGUUUAAAUCCGUUGACAGUUAACAUCUGCUCAUGCCACAAAGACUUCAGGAUGGUCUGUCUUAUUAAUUGGCAGCUUAGGUCACUGUUAAAAAUUCCCAAGAAACUGCUGAGAGUCUGUGAGUCUCAGGCAUAAUCUGUCUUGAAUUCUGCUGUAUGUUUUCCAAUUUUGGAUUGUCAUUUGUGGGUUCUGUUAGUCACAAACUUGUGUAUUUUUUUUUAACUGGGUGGCAAUUCUCUUCUGAUCAGUCCAAAUAAAAACAGGCUGUUGGUGCUUCUUAA